CAUUGCGCGCCGUUGCUCAUAUUUGCUGUGUAAUAUAUGCGCUGAAAAGGCUGGGGUUUCGGAGGGACGACAGAGAUUAAAGAAACUCGAAAGAAAUUCAUACAUUAGCCUACAGUUGCUUUAAACUCGUUUUGCGAUUAACAGUAUGGAGUAUUUGAUCGGUAUCCAGGGGCAAGACUUUGUCUUGGUAGCAGCAGAUAAUGUUGCGGCCAGCAGCAUAAUUCAGAUGAAGCACGACUAUGACAAGAUGUUCAAGCUGAGCGAAAAGAUUCUGCUGCUGUGUGUUGGAGAGGCAGGCGACACUGUGCAAUUUGCAGAGUACAUUCAGAAGAAUGUCCAGCUCUAUAAGAUGAGGAAUGGUUAUGAGCUCAGCCCUGCUGCCGCUGCAAAUUUCACUCGCAAGAACCUCGCAGAUUACCUUCGCAGUCGGACCCCGUACCACGUGAACCUGCUGCUGGCUGGCUAUGACGAGGCCGACGGCCCCGGGCUCUACUACAUGGACUACCUGUCCGCCCUGGCCAAGGCCCCCUUCGCUGCCCACGGCUACGGAGCCUUCCUCACCCUGUCCAUCCUGGACCGCUACUACAGACCCGAUCUGACCCGGGAUGAGGCGAUGGAUCUUCUGAAGAAGUGCGUGGAGGAGCUGAAAAGGCGCUUCAUCCUGAACCUGCCCUCCUUCAGCGUCCGUCUGAUUGACAAAGACGGCAUCCACGAUCUGGAGAAGCUGCCACUGGCCCCCAAACAGCCCUGACCUUUGACCUUCCAGUAGAACUGAGCAUUGACCCGCCCAGAAGCCCUCAUCCUCUUUUGUACUAGAUAUGCGUUCCAUGAGACUCCCAAUAAAAAAAUGCUGUGCUUUGCUGCC